AAUGUAGUGCCCCUAGAGAUUUUACUGCGUUGAUGUCUGAGUUCUUACGGUAAUGGUGCUGAUGAGGAGUGAGUAAUGCUAUGUGAUGCUGUUACUGCCAUUUCAUCAGCGGAUUUUCACAAACAUCUCCAUCUUUAAACAUGAAAUUGCUAUGAAAUUAAACCAUCGACAAGUUGUUAGCCAAUUUUACAUCAAACUCGCCAUCACAGUAACAGUUCCCUGUGUAGAAUAAAAUAAUACAAAAGGAUACUAGGACAAGGCCUAUUUGCGUAUCACUGCUUGGGGUAAAACAGUGUUUGACUAGGCCUCCUGAGAUCACUGUUUCAGAGAGCAUCUUCGAUAUACGAGAUUUCUCAAGAACAUGGGAUUUGCUAUUUCCAGCCGUUGAUCGCUCAUCUAACAAGAUUCUAUGAGAGAUGGAAGCGAUAUGGCUGUACCAGUUUCGACUCAUCGUCAUUGGGGACUCGACAGUAGGAAAGUCGUGCCUGAUCCGGCGAUUCACAGAGGGACGCUUUGCGCAUGUGUCCGACCCCACAGUCGGUGUAGACUUCUUCUCACGCCUAGUGGAGAUAGAACCAGGCAAACGCAUUAAACUUCAAAUCUGGGACACAGCCGGACAAGAGCGAUUCAGGUCUAUUACCAGGGCUUAUUACCGUAACUCUGUUGGGGGGCUGCUGCUGUUCGACAUCACCAACCGUCGCUCCUUCCAGAAUGUGCAUGAGUGGCUGGAGGAGGCCCGGAGUCACGUCCAGCCUCACAGCAUCGUCUUUCUGUUGGUGGGCCACAAGUGCGACCUGGAGCCCCAGAGGCAGGUGAGCCAGCAAGAGGCGGAGAAGCUGGCAGGUACCUAUGGUAUGCGCUACGUGGAGACAUCGGCUCGCGACGCCAUCAACGUGGAAAAGGCCUUCACUGAGCUAACGCGGGACAUCUUUGAGCUCGUGAAGAGCGGUGACAUCAACAUCCAGGAGGGUUGGGAGGGGGUGAAGAGUGGCUUGGUGCCCAACGUGGUGCACUCCUCAGAAGAGGUCACCAAGAGUGGCCGGCGGUGCCUCUGCUGAUUAGCCUGUCUGUCUAGUUGGCUUCACUCAACCCAGCCCAUGCAGUGCUGUUACAUUAUGUCCCACUAGCUCGCAAUCUUGUCACAUAUAUAUAUCUCUCUCACUCCCAUUCUGACUACUGGAAGGCCAUUCCCGCUCUAGUCUACCACUGAAUAAAACAUGAAUACAGCUACUUUCCACAGUAACCUUCCUGGCGUCUGUCUUACCUGUUACAGGCACUUGAAAGACAAGAAAUGGCCUGUUUUAUGAUUUCAUUGUCCUCCCUGUAUUUAUGCUUCAUCUUGUGCCCCACAAAAGGAACACACCUCAAACUUUACAUGUCUGUUCUGUGUUCUGGAGUCUGGGGAACUCACACAACUAUCGGGGGGGAGGGGGUGGGGGGUGUUCAAUACAGGGGGAAACACCAAAUCUAUCACAGCUUAUUCCACCUUGGCUAUGGAAAGAACCAGAAAGCGUGUGUUGUAUUACUGGCUGUGUGCAAUGCCUCCUGCUUUUGGUGCGAGACUGAUGACACCCCCAGACACAUGAACAACCAAGAACACUAUAGUGUAUUGCCAUCAUCCUUUUCAUCACAGAUGGAACCAAAGCUUGCAUGGACUGAAUCAGUUCUACAUGAGUAUCAACAGGGAAUUUGCACAGUUGAGUGUUGAGUAGGCUCAAUGUUUUUCAUUUGCCAUUUUCUUCAUUGUUGCUCAUAUUAAAUGCACAGUUGGGGACACAAGGUACUGUAUAACAUAUCACCGUUUUUGACCACCCUGGCCAUCCACCAUAAUCGUUAGAGAAUGCGUCCCAUGAGAAAUACGUUUUAUAUACUCCAUUGGCUUUAACAGUAAGCUCACCCCUUAAACAUUGACAUCUACGCAACGAUAGCGCCUCCUGAUGUUGUGAACACCAAGCUUUAAAUGGGGUCAGCUGUUCUAGAGUAGUUUUUUCUUCAGUUUAUUUAAUACUUGCAUACUGUAGGGUCACAUGCUUGUAGUUUUAACAUGAUCCUAAACAACAUUCCACACGUGUCCAAUAUUUCUUCCCAGACUAUUGGACUCAGCCACGUGCUUUAUCUAACAGUUAUAUCUUCCAACCACAACCUUUAGUACCUCUAAAAUGUCUUCUUUCUCAAUGCCAGUUUCCACCCUCCCCAUUGAACUUUUUGGGUUAGCUAUGAUCCCAUUUGCUGCCAGGCCCAUGUCCAUAUACAACGUUAAUCCCAAGCAGACCAUAUCUGAGAGCAAUUUAAAGAGCCUCCUAGGUUCAAAGUAUCUAUGCAGCAGGAAACAAACCAUUUGCUCGAAAGGAAAGCUACAACAUGUAUUAAUCGACCUGAAUUUUACUCUCUUUCAGGGUUGUUCAAUACAAUGUACGUGUAUAGUUGCAUUUUAUCCAUUUGUAAAUAGCCAGGGUGCACGUGUAUAGUUGCAUUUUAUCCAUUUGUAAAUAGCCAGGGUGCACGUGUAUAGUUGCAUUUUAUCCAUUUGUAAAUAGCCAGGGUGUUCUGGAUGAAUUAAUUUCUAGAACAUGAAAUGUCAUAAUGGUGUGAUAGAAAUGGGAAAUUCCAUGACUUUCAAUAUUUGUAGGAGAUACAGUGCAUUCGGAAAGUACUCAUACCCCUUGACUUUUUUCACAUUUUGUUACGUUUCAGCUUGUAGCGUCAUACCCAAGAAGAAUCAAGGCUGUAAUCGCUGCCAAAGGUUCUUCAACAAAGUACUGAGUAAAGGGUCUGAAUACCAGUUUGGGCACACCUACUCAUUCAAGGGUUUUUCUUUAUUUGUACUAUUUUCUACAUUGUAGAAUAAUAGCAAAGACAUAAAAACUAUGAAAUAACACAUAUGGAAUCAUGUAGUAACCAAAAAAAGUGUUAAACAAACAAAAAUAUAUUUUAGAUUCUUCAAAGUAGCUGCCCUUUGACUUGAUGACAGCUUUGCACACUCUUGGCAUUCUCUCAACCAGCUUCACCUGGAAUGCUUUUCCAACCGUCUUGAAUAAGUUCCCACAUAUGCUGAGCACUUGUUGGCUGCUUUUUCUUCACUCUGUGGUCCAACUCAUCCCAAACCAUCUAAAUUUGGUUGAUGUCGGUUGAUUGUUGAGGCCAGAUUGUUGAUGCAGCACUCCAUCACUCUCCUUCUUGGUCAAAUAACCCUUACACAGCUUGGAGGUGUGUUUGGUAAUUUUCCUGUUGAAAAACAAAUGAUAGUCCCACUAAGCCCAAACCAGAUGGGAUGGUGUAUCACUGCAGAGUGCUGUUGUAGCCAUGAUGGUUAAGUGUGCCUUGAAUUCUAAAUACAUCACUGACAGUGUCACCAGCAGAGCACCAUCACACCUCCUCCUCCAUGCUUCACGGUGGGAACCACACAUGCAGAGAUAAUCUAUUCACCUUCUCUGCAUCAGACCAAAAGACAGAUUUCCACCGGUCUACUGUCUAUUGUUCAUGUUUCUUGACCCAAACAAGCCUCUUCUUCUUAUUGGUGUCCUUUAGUAGUGGUUUCUUUGCAGCAAUUCGACCAUGAAGGCCUGAUUCACCCAGUCUCCUCUGAACAGUUGACAUUGAGAUGUGUCUGUUACUUGAACUCUGUGAAGCAUUUAUUUGGGCUGCAAUUUCAGUGUCUGGUAACUCUAAUGAACUUAUCCUCUGCAGCAGAAGUAACUCUGGGUCUUCCUUUCCGGUGGCGGUCCCCAUGAGAGCCAGUUUCAUCAUAGCGCUUGAUGGUUUUUGCGGCUGCACUUGAAGAAACUUUCAAUGUUCUUGAAAUGUUCCGCAUUGACUGAACUUCAUGUCUUAAGGUAAUGGACUGUCGUUUCUCUUUGCUUAUUUGAGCUGUUCUUGCCAUAAUAUGGACUUGGUCUUUUACCAAAUAGGGCUAUCUUCUGUAUACCACCCCUACCUUGUCACAACUGAUUGGCUCAAACGCAACAUUUUCCAAAAACCUGUUUCUGCUUUGUCUUGUGUGUAGAUUGAUGAGGGAAAAAACCUAUUGAAUCCAUUUUAAAAUAAGACUAACGUAACAAAAUGUAGAAAAAGUCAAGGGGUCUGAAUACUUUCCGAAUGCACUGUAUCUUACAGCAGCUGAAGUGUUGCUCUGUUCAGGGUAAUAAGAUAGUUUGGUUUCCCCCUCUUUCACUGAAGUCACACCCUCUGAUUAUGAAAGGAGAGAGAUCCCCGGGGAAGUCCACAGCCUUUAGAGAGACAUCUGUUACCUACAUAUUAGACAUGCGUAUUGAGCCUCCAUGUGCCAGACACGUGUGAAUAUCCUCCCCACCACAGGUGGCUGGUGGCAUCUUAAUUGGGAAGGACGGGCUCAUAGUCAUGGCUGGAACGGAAUAAAUGGAAGAGUAUUGAACAAGUGAAAUAUGGUUUCCGUGUGGUUCAUACCAUUCCAUUCAUUUCAUUCCAGCCAUUAUUAUGAGCUGUCCUCCCCUCAGCAGCCUCCUGUACUCCCCACCAAUGUCGUUGAAUGGACUCUCCUGGCUGUAUUCUCUGCUAGGCCAGGUACCAGAUCAGCUGCUGAAUUGACAGCACUGGCGCUAAACCAACUUUGUUUUUCCUUCUAAACCAUUGAAUGACUGUGAUAUAGGAAUGUAGAGAGAACAAACUUUUCAUAUUUCAUGUUCUCUGCUAUACCCCUGAGGCUCUGAGUGAUGGUGCUUACCUGCACAGUGUCAUGCAGAGGUUUGAAAUGGCUAUGAAUCAUGUCUUGAUAAACCUAGUCAGAGCUAGGAUGUAUUCCAAUUAAAUUGUGACUUGUA